AAGCACCUGUCAGGAGCGGUGUGGCCUCCUCUGCGUCGCCACCUUCAUGCCAGAUCCACUUGGCCACCGAUUUCUGGCCCAAUUCGUAGUGGUGGCCGCACUUUGUUGUGCUUUACCGUUGGCCUGUGCACUCAGCGAAAAAUAUGUAUGUUACUGUUUACAUACCUUGAAUCAUAUAUAUAAACGUUGCUUGGAAUAUAUGUAUAUAGUUAUAUUUUAAAAUUAGUUAUAACUACUUUUUAUCUUAGAUUGCAGUCAAGUUUUUCUGCGUGUAGCUGGUGGCCAAAGUGGAAAAGUGGAAUGGAAAGGCUGGCUUUCCCAGUCUGGCUCUCAAAUUCUGGCCAAGCUGCAGAUAUUCGAGGCUGGCCAAAUGUUCUUCUGCUCUCGAGUCGACAGGUUCUGCUUAUUUUUCGGACCGUCGCGAAGUUUCUUUCGUCGGAAAUGUGUGUGAAAACUAUGUUUUAUGUUCAGUGAUUAGUGGCCAGUGCUGCUCCUGCUCCUGCUCCUGAUUUCCAUCCAUAAGAUACAUUGCCAUCAGAGGAUCAUCGGGAUGGUAAGUGCUUUACUUAAGUUUCACAUGUUUGGGGAAGAAAAAAGGAGGCAAACUUGCAUUUGCAUCCAGAUCCCGCAGAUCCAGUUUGUGGUGGUUACUCUUGCUCUUGGCCUUCGCCUAUUUUCACUUUGUGGGCCAACAGGUUUUCCUUUUGGCAUGUGCCACAUUCGCCGAAAGUAAACCACCUACAAAUAAAAAGUAGGCCGCAGGGAAUGCACUCGAAAAAUGCCUCAAAAUCGAGUUCUUAACUUUAUAAACAUAUAAAUAUAAUCGAAAAUUUAGGGAAGAUAUAUCUGAAACUUGAUGGUGUGGUUUUUGUAUCAUAUGAUAUAAUUUAGGAUUAAGCAAUUGAUCGGAAUUACCAAAUAUUAGAGAAAUAAUCAUAUAGAAUAUUUCAAAAAUUGUUAAGUUUAAGAAAUCGGUGUGUUUCAAAAACUAAAAGUUGUAAAAGUGUAGUUAAAUCACAAAAAUUAUUCGAGUACCAGGGAAAUCAGGAACCUUGGAAUUUAGGGUAUAUAAAGGCAGGUAUACAAAAGCCAAGUUGCCACCUUCCGGCGCUGGAACAAAAUUUCACUUGCUCCGCCUGGAGAUUGGAUACCUGGAUCCUCAGUGGUCAUCGUUGUCAUCGCCCAAAACAUCACCAUCACCAUGAGCCGUCAAUUUAUGCAAUUACCGUUUCACAGUCGGCUAAGCCGUUUGCGAAGCGGAUUGGAACCGCCAUCCGGCAAUCCCGCGGAUGACAGGAUGUGCUGGAUUUGCCUGAGGGGCGAUGAGGAUCACCGCCGACGGGAUUGGGUGCAUCCGUGUCGCUGUCGCGGCACCAAUAAGUGGGUGCACGAGGCCUGCCUGAGUCGCUGGAUCGAUGAGAAGGAGAUGAUGUCGCCGGGUGUCCCCGUGACGUGCACCCAAUGCCGCACGGAGUACAUUAUAGUGAUGCCGCCACUUUGCCGCUUCGAUGCCAUGCUGGAGCGACUGGACAAGUGCUGCGAGCGUAUGUGUCCCAGUGUUCUGAUGGGCAUCCUGGCGGCCACCGUUUACUUCUCCGCUGUGAUCUACGGAGCACUCACCUUGCUCGAACUGGCCGGCAAUGACACGGGCAUGAAGCUGCUCCAAGAGGAUCCCUCGCUGCUGAUGAUUAUGCUGCCUUCGGUGCCGACGCUCCUACUUCUCAGCAGGUUGGUGCGCUGGGAGGACUGUGUGAUCCGUUGGCUGCGGCGGCGCAAUCGUCGCACCAUUCCCGCCGAGCAACUGGAUGCUGUGGGUCUACCCCUGCCCGGUGCUCCGCUGAGCGAUGAGUACUUCGAUGAGCUGGAGCGCGAGCAUCCGGUCUCGGAUGGCCUAAUUGGCGGUAACUUGGCAACGGAGCAACUGGGACGCGCCGCCACCAGCUUCUGCAUUGCCCUAAGUCUGCCCACCAUCUCGGUGGUGCUGGGCCAGAAGCUCUACGGCCGGAUCUACGAAGAGAACAAGUUACUCAGCAUCCUCCUGGGCGGACUGACCUUUGUGGCCAUCAAGGGAUUGGCCAGUAUCUAUCUUAGCCAUUCGCAGUACCAACAGAGGCGCCAAAGAUUUGUCAUGGACUACACUCCUCUCAAUCGUAUCAACCAUCAAUCCCGGUGGCGAUGAAGGCAUCUGGAAGCUGCAGGCGCUCAUUAGUUAAACAACUAUCCACUGAAUGGCCAAAAAUCAAUAAAUUAGUGUUAGUUGCCA